ACAGCAUGAAGCAUCCUACCCGUGUUUCUAGCGCCACGGCCGGAUGGUUGGUGCUGGUUCUAUCAUCAUGCUGCCUCGGUUAUGUCACAGCCACCGAAUGGGCGGCGGCAGUGACCACGGAUAAUGGCAUUCUGUUUUUCGAUUCAAACUGGCGGAAGAUAUCUUCUGCCGCACAUCAGUACAGUCGCAUCUCGGCGUUCGCGUACGAUGAGGUACUUGGCAAGCUGUACUUUGCCGAUCUUGACCACCCGGAGUAUCGGCUGUUCGCACUGGACUACGACGAUACGGACGAGUUGCACAAGGUAACGAAACUGUUACCCAAAUCGUCCCAAACCGCCUACAUCAGUGGCAUGGCAUUCGAUCAUCUCGAGCGUCGGCUAUACUGGACGGAAAAGGGAACUCGUUCGAUUUAUUUUGUGGAAAUUGAUACGCUGCUAAAUUCUACCCGCAACGGAGGAAGCGUAAUGAACGAGCCUGGAACAACUAAUACGACAACAAAUGCAACCGAUACAACCGGAACGCCAUCUUCUCCAGUGCAACUUGUCGCAACAGUGGAACCGGACCACGAGCUAGCGGGCUUAGCGAUCGACGAGUGUCGUAGACAUCUAUACUGGACCAACUGCUAUCCGAAAACGUCCAACAUUGUGCGCGCAUCGCUGAACGGCACCAUACUGAACGUGCACGAAGAGCAAGUAUACCUUCCGAAAGGUAUCACCGUAGACCACUACCGCAAUCGCCUGUACUGGGUGGAGAAAAAGUAUGGCCGACGGUACACGAUCGAAAGCGCCAACCUGGAGGUGAACGAUCAGCGCACCCUACAGACCGGGCUCGACCGUUUGCCGGCGGAUAUAGCGGUGAAGAACGAUUUCAUCUACUGGACCGAUCAAGAAAAUAACGAAAUCUACGAAAUGCCCAAAGAACCGAACGCCAAAUCCCGCACCGUUUACCGUGGGGAACAUCCGUCGGCAGUGAUUUUGCGUGCCAACCUGCUGCUAGAACACCAGCGAAACAAUCCCGACUGUCAGUCGGUGGUCAAUAGCAUUCUGGAGAACAUGCAAAAUUCGAAACCGGCCAGCGUUUUGCUGCAGGAAUCGCAACAGGGUCAGCUAACCGUGUGCCUCAACAAUGGUACGGUAAAUCAUCAUACGAACACGUGCCUCUGCCAGCCGGCGUUCGGUGGUAGGCUUUGCGAGAUAGAUCUUUGCAAUAAUUUCUGCGCGCAAGGUACCUGCCGUAUCGGGCGUGAUAAUCGACCCCAGUGUGAGUGUGACCGACGGUACGAAGGUGAACGAUGCGAUCGGAACCGUUGCGAUGGGUUCUGCCUGAACGGUGGUCGGUGUCAGUUUAGUAACGCAACAGCGGAAGAGCGGAUCUGUGUGUGUGAUCGUACCGGGUACAGUGGGGCACGGUGCGAGAAUCCGAUCUGUGGCACGGAUUACUGCUACAAUGGCGAGUGCUACGUGGAGGAUGGAAAGUAUCCCAAGUGUCGGUGCAAGGCGGGUUAUCGGGGUGAGCGGUGUGAGGAGUAUAGCUGCAACAACUACUGCCUGAAUGGGGGGCAGUGUACGCUCGGUAAUGAAACGACCGUACCUGAGUGCCAGUGUGGAGACGAAUUUGCCGGCAAGCGGUGCGAAAUUGCGGUCCGACUGUGCAGCACCUACAAUGAUGAUCCACAAUGGCAGCAGUACUGUUUGGGCAUUUCCAAGACGCUACCGCUGAUGGAACCGAAGGUAACAUACUGCAAGGAAUCGUUCAACCGUACCGUCGUCUACACAUCGCUCUGCUUUACCGUGUCGUUCGCGCUACUGCUAGCGAUCGUGAUCAUUGUGCACCGGAUGAUGAAACCGCCGAGGCCACGCAUCACCAAGAAGAUGGUCGUCACACCGAUGACCUCCCGGCCACCAACGACACAGUGCGAAAUUACGAUAGAAAACUGCUGCAACAUGAACGUAUGCGAAACGCCCUGUUUCGAUACCAAACUGCUCAAAAAAUCACAAAAAGAGGACAAACAGUUUCUGCUCGAAGACAUCGAGGAUGUUGGAGGAUCCUAUCGGAAGCUGCCAAACUGCGGAGAUGGGCCGACGUCCGUGCUCGAGCGCAAAUGAGGACUGAUGACGCUCGGUGGUAGACUAAUGAUUGCCUUCGCACGCUUGCCAGCAGUCGAUUGGUGGUUGACGAUUUUAGGCAG